AUUUUCUAUUACAGAAUCGCGUUUUUCACACUAUAUGGUGUUCUACAAGCUAGCAUAAACAUUUUCGACUUAACAAACAACCCAUUGGCUAUUGUUCCGUUAGGACAAGCAAAAAUUAGGAUCGGAUACUUGAGGACGAUUCAUCCAAUUGAUCUUACCGAGCUAGAAGAGAUAAUUUCUCGAGUUUUAGAAAAUAGCACAAACAGUACAGGAAAAUCCCCAUUGCAAAGUUUAAUUAAUUUGAAGCUCGAAAAACUUAACGCCACAAUUUCUAAGAUUAGGCCACGUAGACUUCGAACGAAAAGAUGGAACAGUAUAGGUACCGCCUGGAAGUGGAUAGCUGGCAGUCCCGACGCAGAAGAUCUAACGAUAAUCAACACCACCCUGAAUUCGCUCAUCCUACAAAACAACGAGCAGCUAUUAAUCAAUAAUGGUCUCAGCAGAAGAUUCCAAGAAACAACCAAUAUUGCUAAUCAUGUUAUCGACCUUCAGAAUAGGAUCCAAAGGGAACAUCAAACUGAGAUACAACAGAUCAUUAAGAUAGCAAACCUAGACGCAUUACAAGCCCAUAUAAAAACACUCCAAGAAGCCAUACUAGCCGCUAAGCAUGGGAUACCGAAUAGCGAGCUACUAUCAAUAGAAGACUUAAACACCGUUGCAGAAUUUCUGGCACAAAAUGGCAUUUACUAUACAUCAGUUGAAGAAAUGUUAACACAAGCCACAGCACAAGUUACCAUGAAUUCAACACACGUGAUAUUUAUGCUAAAGUUUCCACGUCUAUCCUAUGAAACUUACGAGUACAACUAUAUCGACUCUAUCAUACAAAAUGAUAAGAGAAUCUUAAUCAAGCAUAACUACAUAAUCCGGAAUCUAACCCAUAUGUUCGAAUUACCGCAGCCCUGUAUCGAUCAGAGCAGCCACCAGCUUUGCGAAAGUAAAGAUCUGGAAGAGCCUUCACGCUGCAUACGACAACUCGUACAAGGGGAGCAUACAGAAUGUAUGUACGAAAAGGUGUAUUCAACGGGAUUAGUUAAACACAUUAACAAUGCGAAUAUUCUAUUGAAUGAUGCCACUGCCGAAAUUUCAUCAAACUGCAGCAAUAUAAACCACAUUCUUAAUGGAUCAUAUCUCAUACAAUUUCACAACUGCAAUAUCUUUAUUAACGGAGAACUCUUUCCCAGCACCGAAGUUUCGAUAACCGGUAAACCAUAUAUAUCAACCCUUGGCCUCAUCGCUAAAGAAGACGGCAUCAGAGACGAACCUUCAAUUGAACAUCUUCGAAACAUAACAUUGCAGCACAGAGAGAAACUACAUACCAUCAACUUUGAGGGCAAAGUCAUCUAA